GUGCUUCUGAAAUUGUAACUCCUGAUGAGUUUGAAUUCUACUUUAAUCAUUUAUGGAAAAGUCAAUUACUUGAUCCUAAUGAUAAAAUAUCAACUAGAUCCCUCAAUAAUAUAUUUUUAUAUAAUUUAUUAGCUGGGGUUUUAGUGAGAGAAUGCACCAAAAAUUAUUCACUUGAGUUAUCUAACAUUCCUUUGGAAUAUCUCAAGUUAAUAAUUUCAAAUAUAAUUAGACAAAAUAAUGUUGAUUGGAAUACUAAAACUUGUUUCAAGUUUAAAUUAUGGUUUAGUCAAAAUAAUAAAAUAACUAAACAAAUUCAAAAAACCAAAUUUCAAAAUCUUUUAAAAAAGAAGUGGAAUAUAUUUCUUAAAGAUAGUCCUUUUAAGGUUGAAGAUGGUUUUUUUAAAAUUGAAGAUAAUUUAACUGUUCCAGAAUUGGAUUUAAAAAAUUUAGCAAAGACAAAAUAUGGAUCAACAAGACAAAAUAAUAAUAUUAAACCAGUUUUUAAAUCUGCUCAAGCUUUUCAAACCAGGGAGUAUACCAAUAAUAACAACAAAAAUGAUCAACGACGGGACUCUUG